CUCCGCUCCGGCUUCCCGGACAACAAACGGAUGGCCUCCACUCUAGAUCUCUGUGCUGAGGUCUACGCCGAGGCCGUCGAUGCCCUAAACUCCGCCGCUAAAACCCUCCACCGCGGCGGCAAUAUGGACGACGUCAUGACCGGGAUUUCGGCAAGCCUCACUUACAUUGGCACCUGCGAUGAUGCUUUCGACGAGGAUCCGUCGCUGUUCAAUCCCGUGACGCAUAUCAGCAAGAAUUUGAAUAGGUUGGUUACCAAUAGCCUCAGUCUCGCGUCUGCUGCCAGGAGGAGUUAUUAGGGUUUUUUGUUUUGAUUUCGACUGAUGGAUAAGAAAGAGGGAA